AUGAUGAUGAAGAGAACAUUAGCAUCCUGGUUGAUCUUUGUGAUCCCAGCCUUCAAGCAAGCGACAGCCGUAACUUUGGAAGAAGUUGCCUUACAUGCCACCAACAAUGAUUGUUGGAGUGCCAUCUACGACAAGGUGUACAACCUCACGGCAUAUGCCCCCAAUCACCCCGGGAACGGUGGCUCGGCCGAUACAGUGUACCUGUUGUGUGGGAUUGAGGGCACCUCAAUGUAUAAUAGUUUCCAUGUCAAUAAUCCGCAGUAUCUCGAUACAUUGGCAGGCAUUGAAUUCAAGGGGCCGCUCACCACCAAAGCUCCUACAAUGACCCCCUCAGUGUCUCCCACGGAGGGCCCCACGGAGUCGCCAAGUGCAAGCCCUUCCAGUCACCCAUCUGUUGUUCCUACCGUGGAUCCAUCUGAUGUUCCCACAAGUGGUCCAUCUGCUUCACCUUCAGUCGGGCCAUCUACAUCCCCAUCAGCUUCGCCAAGUGCAAGCCCUUCCAGUCAACCCUCUGUGGUUCCUACCGUGGAUCCCUCUGAUGUUCCCACAAGUGGUCCGUCUGCUUCACCUUCAGUCGGGCCAUCUUCAACCCCAUCAGGUACUCCCAGUCCCACAUCUUCCUCUUCUCCUACCGCGUCACCAACCAUAAUGACCUACUACACCAUGGCUGAUGUGAGACAGCAUUCGACAGAAAGCUCCUGUUGGAGUUCCAUCUAUGGAAAAGUCUACGAUCUUUCUCUCUAUGCCCCUACCCAUCCCGGCAAUGGUGGUGGCCGGGAAACUGUAUACCUGUUGUGUGGGAUCGAGGGAACCUCAAUGUAUGAGAGUUUCCAUCGCACCCAUCCGGAGUGGCUCGAUGAAUUGCCAGGCAUUGAAUUCAAGGGGCUGUCUGUUGAUCGGCGUCCAACGGAUCCACCAACGCCAAGUCCUACCAAUACACCCUCCAUCUCGCCAUCGGAUAUGCCAUCUCUCACUCCAUCGGUUACACCCAGUAAAGUCCCUUCUGUGUCGCCCACAGAAUCUUCCGACAGCCCCACCACUGUACCGUCGUCUUCUCCCAGCUCCACGCCAUCUGGCUCACCGUCUAGUGGGCCAACAGCCUCGCCAACUACUCUUCAGCCCACCAUCUCAGCUUCACCUACUUCUUCUCCAACAGAAGUCACAUAUGUGACAUUGGAUGAUGUCAAACUGCAUGCAGAUCCCUCGGACUGUUGGAGCGCCAUCUAUGAGAAGGUGUACGACCUUACAGGCUAUGCACCGCUUCAUCCUGCGAACGGUGGAGGCCAAGACAGUGUGUUUUUGCUUUGUGGCAUUAACGGUACCGCAACUUACAUAUCUUUUCACGGUAGCAACCCUGAGUACCUGGACAUAUUUCCAGGGAUUGAGUUCAAGGGUCUCUUGGGUGUCUUGGUGCCAACAGGAACGGUUGCAGCCUCUGGUGUUGUUCCAACCGAUACUUCUUUCAUGCAAACACAGGCAGCGACAGCGACAGAGACUCAGGUUAGCAAGGGAACCACUCUGGCAGUCAGCCGUACCGAACUGGCGAAACACAAUACACCUGACGAUUGCUGGGUGAUCUAUCACUCCGAGGUUUUUGAUGUCACCACGUAUGCUCCCACACAUCCCAGUGGGGCCUCCGUGGUGACCGCUGAUUGCGGCGGAGACGGAACGACUUCCUUUUCUGUGUUUCAUGAAAUUGGCUAUCUAGAAAUGAUCCGUACCCACUUCUUGGGUAGCAUCUCAGAUGGGGCUUCGAGCUCGGCUGGUCCAGGGUUAACCAAUAGGCCAACGCAACCGCCGGUCGUUUCCACGGUAAUGUACGAUUCCGGCGGUCAUAGUGACAGCGACGAAGGGUACAUGCAACAACAACCCCAAACGGCUCCUCCAAACACCAACGGUGCCCUGGUAUCGGUACAAGAAAUGCGAUCACACAACUCGGUGGAUGACUGUUGGGUGGCAUACUUUGGGGAAGUCUUUGAUGUGACCGAAUACGCCCCACAGCACCCCGCUGGUGCCAGCCUCGUCACAUCCAACUGUGGACACGAUGAUACUGAAUCCUAUUCGCUCUUCCACGACUAUAGCGAGCUUGAGUCAAUCCGACAGUAUUUCAAGGGAAUGCUGACGGAUGAGCCACAACCUGAGGCUACAGUCGAGCAGUCUGGCGAGGAGACUGGAUCCACUGCGUCCGAAUCCAACCCUUCAGUCCCCGAGUCGCCAGGAGCAGCUGAUAUCCCCAUCCUGGAGAACGGAAAGGUGCAUUUCAUGGCCCUGCAGCAACACUCAACCCCAGACGACUGCUGGGUCUCGUAUUUCGAUGAAGUCUACGACAUGACAAGGUAUGCCCCUUUGCACCCUCCCGGUAGCGAAACGGUCACAAACAACUGUGGAGAGGAUGGGACUAAGGACUACGAAAUCUUCCAUGAACGAUCUCUCCUUGUGCUCGUGAAAGUUGAUUACAUUGGAGAUCUGGACACAUCCACCAUUGUUUUGACGCCUGAUACUGAACCUCCAAACCGGGAGCCACAGGCUUUGACGAUGGACGAAGUUGCUGCUCAUAACAAUCCCGGCUCAUGCUACGUGAGGUACUACGACGACGUAUACGAUCUUACUUACUACAGCCACCCAUCUCCUCCGGGGCAAUCUGUCAUCUAUCUGGGUUGCGGAGUGGAUUCAACGAAAGACUUUGCUUCGGCUCAUCCGCGUACACUAUUGGAGCAAGUUGAAGAGUUCAGAGUGGGGUGGAUUGAAUCAAGCUCUCCUCGCUUGAGGGCUGGAGUCACCACUGUGGUUGGAUUGGUGGCGUCUCUUUGGAUCCUGCUUGCUUAA